UAAACACCAUUUGCGCGCGGUUUCUCUAAGGAGCCAUUCGGCGUCCGCGUCAAACGAGAAAAACACGCACCAUAGCUAAUAGAGAAUACAAAUCAAAUUUCGAACGUUCGCGUUCUAAAUUUGAAAAUUUAUUUGUAUUUCUUUUAUUUUAAGGCGUUUUUAAGGGUUUAAAAUGAGGAGCGGGUGGCCAGUGUUGGUGGUGUACGUGUUUGUGUGCCUUCAGUGCAGUUUGCAGUUGAUACCAUUACCGGACUUCAUCCAUCCCUGCUCCGAACUAUCAGACGAAUGCUUUACUCAAGCCACACUGGAUGCCAUCCCUGGGCUGGUGAAGGGCAUCCCGGAGGCCAACAUCCCGUCCCUGGACCCACUGUACCUGGACAAGAACAUUAGCAUGAACCUGCCCGGCAACGUCAAGAUGACCUUCCAUAAUGGCAGGCUGAUCGGGCUCAGUACGUGCGUGCCGCUUAAAGUUUCGUCCCGCCGGGAGACCCGCAAGUUCAUCUUCGAUAUCCGCUGCAACUUCACCAUCAAGGGCCACUAUAGUCUGCAGGGCAGGAUCCUUCUCUUCAACCUCGACACCGACGGCAACGCCAAGAUCAAAAUAUGGAACCAACGUAUCCGCCUGGAGGUUUUGGAAAAGGUUGUGAUGGACAAAACUACGGGCGAGGGGCACUACAAGAUUAACUCUUACAAGUACAAAGCUGACUACGGCACCGACCUCAAGCUCAACCUCACAAACUUAUUCCGAGGAAGCGCUGAAAUCAGUGCAAACAUCCUGCAAGUCCUGAACCAGAACUCGCAGCUGGUGGCGCAGGAGUUCGGCGCCCCGAUCCUCGAGUACGCCAUCGACUACGCCAUGAACGUGACGCAGCGCUUCUUCAGCGCUUACACUUACCAGCAGAUCUCCAACGUACCUAUUACGCCUGAAUUCUUUGAGAAGGAAAAGAAAUAAAGUAAUAAAAAGGCUAGCAUUAUAAACCUACUACAUAUUUACACGAGCAGAGGUACAAAAUGUUUGGCCGAAAAUACCACACGGCACCUUAAGCAGACAAAUUUGGCGAACAGACUCGCAUGUAAAAACGGAGUUUCUAAAAUGUUCUGUGUAAUAUUUUGGGGUAGUAAGAAUUUAAAUCUUGUAGUUUGUUAUUCCUUCUACAAUAUUUUUGCUGAUGCUUGGAGUCAAUUACGAAAUCUAUGUUCAACGAAUUUUGGUUACCUAUUAUUUCGAACUGGCUAGGAACAUGCACAUGAAAAAUUAUUGAUUACUAAAUCGGAAAGAAUUUAUAUCUAAGAUGUACGUGUAUAGGUACUCGUAUCUUUAAAUUCCCUUUUCUUUUAUUCGUUUAUCAGGUGUUUUCGUAACCUAUGAAGAAGGCUCAAUUUGUUUUACUUCAACGACGAGCUAAUUCGCUAUGUAUGUCUAGCCUAGGUUUCUACUUAUACAGUGUUUGUGUGAUAUUUUAGUUUUUUGCUAAUAUAAUUUAUUUUUAUUUUGUUUUUAUACUUUGGGGUACAAUGCAGUGGUUUGAAAACAACCGACUGCUUUUUGAUACGAUUGUUUAUAAACUGGUAAUUUAUUUUACAUUUUGAAUACAUAUUUUAGUAUA